GCCUUUCAUCUCCUCCUCCAGCCCUCCAGCCGCCGGGUGUUGUGACACCCCUGGGCAGCACCUCUGAAGUUCUCAGGGCGGAUUCCAGCCCAGCGGCAGACAGCACCCCCCCCCCGCCCCACCCCCCCACCCCCUCCGCGCCUCCCGCCUGCCUUUCACUUUAGCCCUAACCCCAGGAAUCUGUCUCUCUGCCGGGUCUGAGGAAUCAGCCCCCUCUCCAUAAACGUGAGGAAGAGAACUAAGGGUUUGUAAAAGAACCAGAAGUUGGAUUUCUGUGAUAACCCAUUUAGUUUGGACCCACGGCUCCUGGCCUGUUUCAAGAGGUCUAGUGGGUCAGGGUGGGAGGAGCUUAAUAAUGGUUUUUCCCUCCUUGUUCAAAAACCUUAUCAUCAGCCAGGGCAGACUGGCCCUCCAUUUCCCCCAACACCCAGGCUGCUGUUUUUAUUUAAUAUCUGCUUAAGCAGGCAGUCGUGGCUUGGUGCCUGCGCAUGGUGCUGUGUGGUGGGGAAAGCAGAAGUUUGUGGCGCAAUGACUGUCCCUCAUGGGGCCUGGUGAGGGACUUAGAGCCUGGUUGCUGUUGCUCUGGGUCACAGCAGUUAGGCUGGAGGCCUGGGACCCGAACUGCUCUCCAGCUACUCUCUUGCAGGGAAGGGGGGGUGUGCUAGCUGAGGGUGUUCUGCUGCCCAGCACACAUAUUUGUAACAAGGACCCUUUGGAGGAGGCCAGUGGAGGUGGAGGAAAUGAUCGUGUACGGAACCUGCAGAGCGAGGUGGAAGGAGUCAAGAAUAUCAUGACCCAGAAUGUGGAGCGGAUCCUGGCCCGAGGAGAAAACCUGGACCAUCUCCGCAACAAGACAGAGGAUCUGGAAGCCACAUCGGAGCACUUCAAGACCACAUCACAGAAGGUGGCUCGGAAGUUCUGGUGGAAGAACGUGAAGAUGAUUGUCCUCAUCUGUGUGAUUGUUUUUAUCAUCAUCCUCCUCAUCGUGCUCUUUGCCACCCAUGCCAUCCCAACUUAGGGAGCCCCUCCCCUGCCCCCCGUCCUCCUCUUCAGGGAAGCCCUCCAUAGUGGGUGCCAAGAAGGGCCCUCUCUCCCAUCCUCAGCAGGAAAUGCUGCUCUGUCCUCCCGCCCCUCAUUCUGAGGCCCCGCUGCCAUACUGUCUGCCCCAGGGAGCACCUUGGUCCCCUGGAAGGAGAGAGCCGGACCAUGGCUGCAUUUCAUGGGCUCUCAGAGUUGGUUGGAGAGACACCCAGAAGGCCCAGCAUGUGGCUGGGAAACUGAUGGUGGCCAGUGGGCAAUAAAGACCUUUCAGUAUCCCUA